GUUCUAUAUAAAUCUCAUACUUUCAAACUAAUCUCAAUACUAAUCCCAUGAUCAACAAGAACAAUAUUAAUACUAGCACCUCAUUUUCCCUCUCGUUUCCUCAUUAGCCUCCCCCCAUUAAUUAAACAAUGACUACUAAUCCCAGUUUAAGCAUCAUCACACUAAUGACGCUCUUGAUGUGUUUAACUCCGACCUUAAUCAAAUCAGAGGAAGGCAUUGAUGUCCUUUUACCCAUAUCACUCAACCUCACCGUCCUGACCGAUCCCUUCUCCAUCUCCGCUGCUUCUCAGGACUUCGGAAAUAUAACCAGCGAAAACCCCGGCGCCGUCCUCUGUCCUUCUUCCCCCGCCGAGGUCGCCCGUCUUCUCCGCUUCGCGAACGGAGACUUCUCUUAUGACGGCGAAUCAACCACCAGCUCCUCUCCAGGUUUCAAGGUGGCGGCUCGAGGCCAGGGACACUCCCUCCGUGGCCAAGCCUCUGCACCCGGCGGCAUUGUCGUGAACAUGACGUGCCUCGCCAAGACGGCUAAACCAGCAGCGGUUGUUGUCUCAGCCGAUGGGACGUACGCUGACGUAGCGGCAGGGGCGAUGUGGGUGGAGGUUCUGGAGGCGGCGUUGAAGAGAGGCGUCUCGCCGGUUUCUUUCACGGAUUAUCUGUAUCUCAGCGUCGGCGGGACGUUGUCGAACGCUGGAAUCGGCGGUAAUGUGUUUAGACACGGCCCUCAGAUUAGUAACGUUCAUGAACUGGACGUUAUUACUGGAAAAGGUGACAUGGUGACAUGCUCUCCAAAGUUACACCCUGAAUUGUUCUAUGGAGUUUUAGGAGGAUUGGGCCAAUUUGGUAUAAUAACAAGAGCCAGAAUUGCGCUGGAUCAUGCACCAACAAGGGUGAAAUGGCUACGCAUACUCUACAGUGACUUCUCGGCGUUUACUAAAGACCAAGAGCGUUUAAUAUCAAUGGGCAAUGAUCUUCGAGUUGAUUUUUUGGAAGGUCAACUUAUGAUGUCAAACGGAAUAGUUGAUACCUCCUUUUUCCCACUCUCCGAUCAAACAAGAGUAACCUCUCUUGUGAAUGACCACCGUAUCAUCUAUGUUCUCGAAAUAGCCAAAUAUUAUGAUUCCACCACCCUCCCUAUCAUUGACCAGGUAAUCGACAGGUUAACUAGAAAUCUAGGUUUCCCUUCAGGGUUCAUGUUCGUGCAAGACGUUCCUUAUUUUGAUUUCUUAAAUCGUGUCCGAAACGAAGAAGAUAAGCUUAGAUCUAUAGGGCUAUGGGAAGUUCCUCAUCCAUGGCUUAAUAUGUUCGUUCCGAGAUCUCGGAUAUUAGAUUUUCAUGAAGGUGUUAUCAAAGGCCUUCUUCUCAACCAAACCUCAACUUCUGGUGUUACUCUCUUCUAUCCCACAAACCGAAACAAAUGGAACAACCUCAUGUCGGCGAUGAUACCAAACGAGGAUGUUUUUUAUGUGAUCGGUUUCCUCCAAUCAGCUGGUGGAUCAAAUAACUGGGAAGAUCUUCAGAAUCUUAAUGACAGGAUAAUCAACUUUUGCGAUAACUCAGGCAUUAAUAUCAAAGAAUAUUUGAUGCAUUACACAAGAAAAGAAGAUUGGAUUAAGCAUUUUGGACCAAAAUGGAAUGAUUUCUUGAGGAGGAAAAUGAUGUUUGAUCCAGAAAAACUAUUGUCUCCAGGACAAGACAUCUUUAAUUAAACAUUGAACGUGUCUUUAACAUGCACCCGGGCCACACAAAAUGUAUGUUCAUAAUGUAAUUAAUUAAUAAAUAGUUU